AUGGCGCAGCAACCAUGGUCCCAGUCGAUGCGCUGGCUGGAGAUGCGCCAUGAGAUGGGGGAGCAGAAGAGCGGGGACAAGCACCACAGGGGCCAUGUUGUGCCCUCAAACAGCACUGUCUCGCCCUCGUUUCCGAAAAAAAUUCUGUGUGUGCCCGCUGCUCUCUGCUUCUCUCUCUCUCUUUGCUCUCUCUCUCUCUGGCCUUCUGUCUCUCUGUUGCUCUCUCUCUCCACAUCCAUCUCUCUCUCUCUCUCUCUCUCUCUCACUCCGCUCUCUCUCUGCUCUGCUCUGCGCUCUCAUUUCUCCAUCAUCGCGAGAGCGGCGGGUAGCACCGGCAGGAUGCGGGAGGUCUGGGCUCGGCCUUUGCGGGGUCCGGCCAUCAUUCGGCUGGAUAACAAGCAACAUUGGCAAAGCAAGUUUUUGGUGCUGGAUCAAGGCAUUCUGACCGUCCAUGCCGGGGAUACAGCCAGUAACCCCAGCCUGCUAGAGCAGCCUUUAUUAAUAUACGAUCUCAUUGGUACCACCUGUACCAUUGGCCAUGCUGGAUCGGGUGAAGAUCUUGACACGCUCCCCCGUUGGCCUGCCGACACCGACCUCAACGCCUGUAUCGUUCUCAAGGUCCCUCUCCAAAAUACUCUCUUCAUCGUCAUUCGGGCCCCCAACCCCACCCGCUGGCUUGAGGUUUUCGAGGCUUGCGCCAAGGUGCACAUUCCGAGCCGAAAAAUCAGCUCAAAACCACCGCCAGACCUCGAUCACGAGGGCUUUGCCGGCCGAGUCGCCUCAGGACGCCAGCUUGAUGGCUAUGCCAUCUACAAGUGCUAUGCCAUGUUUUGGGACGGCACCCGCUUUGAACGCAUCACCUCCAUCCUGACCGCCCACGAGUUACAAAGCAUCGUGACCGAAAUGGAGCUCGACCCUCUUAUGCGAAACGUGCCUCUCCCCGCUUACCCAGCCGACCAGAUGGCCCAUGCUGCGCUUGCUUCAUCGCUGCCUCAACGCGUGGGAUCUCUCAACUCCUACCUCAACGCCGUCAUGCGGCUUGGACGCCCCGUCGUCACCCACCAUGCCGCCCGUCGCGUGCUCCACCUCACCCCCAUGAUUUCCCGCCUCGAUGCCGCCACACUGGCCCGCUAUACCCCGCGCCACCAAACCCAGCCUACCCCCUACGACCUGAGCAUGGCCUCGCUCGCCAAGCAGAGACAAGCCGAGGCUGCCGAGGCUGCUGCCCGUGCCAAAAGUGCCAAUGCUUCCCGUGCCAACUCGCGCACUGGCUCCACGCGCACUCUGUACGACUCGCCCCGUGGUGUGCCCACGGCGGGUCCUUCAGCUCGCUCCACGUCCAAGACAACGCGCAAACCGGGAUCCACCCGCUCGAAGAGCACCUCGACACCCUCUCGAGACUCGGUCAAGCGUCAAGCCGCCGUUCGCCCCCGCUCCAAACCCAACUCCACGUCGGGUACCCCAAAACGACACACAAACUCGGUCGCGGUGCCGAAGACCUCCAGCGCCAAAGCCGCCCCGCCCCGUCGAAGCAUUGACAAGCCCGCGCGCUUGCCCUCAGUCAAGCGCCCAUCCGCUGAUGCAAGCAAGGCUUCCAAGAGCCCCAGCGCGAAAGUCGUUCUCCGCUCCCCGGGCAAGAAGCCUGUCCCUGCUCCCAAAAAGUCAAAUACUAAGCCUGCUACAGGCCGCGUCCUCAAAGAUUCCAAGCCGGGCGUUGAUGCUGCUGCAAUCAGCCGAGCCAACGACAACUACGCACACCUCCGAGAUGAGGCAGAUGAGAGUGAGGGGGUCGAAGAAGAGGAGGAAGAAGAGGACGAGGAGAUCAUGUCCAUGCGUGCCCAGCUUACCAAGUUGGAUAGAGCCCUGGGUGAUGAAGCUGGCGCCAUCAUCGUGCCACAGACCGUCGGUGAUAUUGAUGAUGAUGAUGAGGAUGUUCUGGACAUGCGUGCUCAACUGGCACAGCUCGACCGUGCACUUGGUGACCAAGGAGAUUCCAUCAUCGUUCCAACCACAGAGCAAAAGACAAACGUGGAUAUCGAUGCAUUGGAGAGUGGCGACGAUCUCACGGAAGCUGACACCUGCCCGCCUCACAAUCUGAAUUCGUCGCCCAUGACCGAAUCUGAUGCCAAUGUACAUUCAGGCCCGGCCGCUCAACCCGCUUCUCUUGAUAACAUGCCAACAACUGAGCCAGCUGAUGUUGACAAAGAUGAAGCACGCGGUGAUGAGGAAGAGGAAGAAGACGACGAGGAAGCCGCAGGCGAGACCAGCCGGGAGCCAGAGAUGAGUCUCGAGCACAGCGGAGCGCUUGGAUCUAAGGACACGGCCCAUGAGACGCUCGCGGAUGAAGCGGAUGAAGACCAAGUUGCGUCCCCUUUGCCAAAGAGUCCAGAGCCUACCAUUCCGGCCGAUCAGUCUCUGCCAGUCACUUCCGAGCCGACUGAAGAGGAUUUGGCUGAACAAGCUGAGGUAGAGCCCGUUAACACGGCAACCUUUGCUGUCGCAGAGGUGCGUGACGCAACGGAUGAUGCAGGCUCUGAUAGUGAGCCAGAGGAAGCCGAUGAGACACAUGCGGCAUAUCCCAAGGCCUCGGUAGACAUUUUUCCCCGACUUUCGGCCUUUGAUUUGGCCAACGAAACCUUGGAGCAGGAGGAUGACCUGGAGAAAGUCCCGGCCAAGGUGAGCGAGGAACCCCAUGUGCUGGCCCCCGAGGUGGAGUUGGAGAUGGAAGAAGCAGCUACCGACGACGAAGCGGACAAGGAAGAGGCGGUCGAGUCGACCACCGCAGCGGCUGAGCCGCAAGUAAGCGACCUCCAAGCGGUGCUACAUGCUAGCCAGCAAGCAGCCAAUAAUGUGCGCGGCGCCAACGGCUUCAAACCGGCGCGAGAUAGUUUUGACAUUGCUACGGGUGAUGCACGUGUGGAAGAGAUCCAGCUUCAACUCGCGCUGGAUGAAGACGAGUCGCCCAAAGAGCAUCAGAACGCAGGUGAGGCUGCCGAGGCAGAGGCCGCCCUCUCUGAUCUGGAGCAGAUUGAGGAUGACGACAGCAUUCUUGCAGACCUUUCGGCUCUCUCGUUGCCUGAUGAAACAGAUUCGAAGCCCGCUGUUCCAUCGGUAGCAACGCUUCCAGAGGAGGAGGAAGAAGAGGAGCCAGAACAGACGGCUGCCACUCCUGUGGAGGAGCCAGAGCAGGAGGGGGCUACACUUGCAGAUGAACCAGAGCAUGGACAAAUUGAAACUUCUGCCUUGGAUGAGCCAGAGCGGGAAGCGGCUACCCCUGCGGAGGAACCAGAGCAAGAGGAAAUUGAGACUUCUCGCGUGAAUGCGCCGGAGCAGGAAGCGGCCAUGCUUGCGGAUGAGCCAGAGCAAGAGGAACCAGAGCCGAAGGAUAUCGCCGCUGCUGCUGCUAUUGAACCUCAGGUUGAUCAAACACCGAGGAACGUGCAAGCUGCCGAGGAAGAAAGCUGGGGCUUUGUGCAAGCCGAUGCCGAUGCCGAUGCCGAUGCCGAUGCCGAUGCCGAUGCCGAUGCCGAUGCCGAUGCCGAUGCCGAUGCCGAUGCCGAUGCCGAUGCCGAUGCCGAUGCCGAUGCCGAUGCCGAUGCCGAUGCCGAUGCCGAUGCCGAUGCCGCUAAUUUCAAUCCUUUUGGCAGUGCCAUCACCAAGCACGAGCUUGAUGCUUCGUCAGAAGGUGCAUCCGACAGCCACAACCCCUUCGCUUCUUCUGAGCAAGAUGGUGCAGAGGAAGGUGAUCUUUCAAUGCCAUCAGAGCACAAGGCCCCAGCUACACCAGAGGCGGAAGAUACCGCUGUCGCAACCGCUCUCAAGGAGGACCAUACUGUGCCUUUGGGUGAGUCGGAGGACAUUGUGAAGGAAGGUACCGCGCAAGCUUUGCCGACAGCAGCCUCCAAUGUGAGCCUGCUGAGCACUGAAGGCGAUGACGCCUGGCUGGCACGCGAUAAAGCAUCCGAGGACGCUGUAGCAGCCUUUGAGGCGGACCAUACGCUGCCUCGUACGCAAGUAGAUUCCGGUGCAGAGGAGUCAGCGGCGUUCGUGGAAGAUCAUACUGUACCACAUGCAGUGGCAGCUGCAGACCAGACAAAGCCGUUGGCCUCGCUGGACGAAGACCACACUUUGCCCCUUGACUCGUCGGCCUCUGGACCCGCGUCCAAUCCGUUUGCAGACGCUUUUACCACCGAUCUUGACGCCGACGAAACAACGGCACCCGGUGUGGCCGACGCAACUGAACUGCGCACGCCGGCCGUGGACAAGGACGAGAGCCAGGUAGACCAGAAUAAGCAAGAAAAACUGGAACAACAAAGACACCAGGAGGACCUUGACCAAGCUCAUGAAAGCCACGACCAGGAUUUGGCUUGGCUUCAAGCCAAUGAUGCCGAGGAACCCAAUAUUGAUGCCACAAUCGAGGCAAACAUUGAGAACAAGGUCGGUGUUGAAAUCGAGGCUGGCAUUCAAGACGGCUUGCAGGCCGACGUUGAAUCCCAGAUUCAGGCCGGCGAAGAGCAAGCUGAGCUCGCCAAGGUUGAAGAUGAGACUUUGGGUCUGUCUACCACUUCAACAGCUUUCAGUGCGCAACCCGCCGAGGAGGACACGGCGCCUGCCGCCGGUACUUCAGAAUCAACCGAACUUCAAGACGACUUUGCCGAGCCUGAGCUCAUGGAAGCGCGUACCAUGGGUGACCCUGAGCUACCUCUGCGCGCACCCCAGACUUCGUCUGAAGAAACGGAUGGCACUGCUAGCGACACAAAACGUCGCUCACAAGUUGCUUACGAAAAUGUCGUCUUUUCAGAAGAAGGAAACAUGCUACCUUUGGCAGCCGUGAUUGCUGAAGCCAGCGCACUUGGUCAAGAACAUGGUCAACCACUUGACGAGGCCGAGGACGCCACGGAGGCUGCAAAUGACGGCGCCGCAGACACGCACGAUGUGUCAGAAGAAACCAACCCGUCCAAUCCCUCUGCUGCUGAUCAAAAACAGAAUGUCACCGAAAGGGACCCUCUGGGUCAGAACGAGCAUGUCUAUGGCGACGUUGACACGGCGGCCAAGGGAGAUGUCAUCGCUGUUCAGGGGUUGUAUGGGACGGUCGAUGACAAGGAUGCUGCCUCCGAUAGCAUGACGCCGCAACAUAGCUAUGGCCAUCCCACAUCUCGCGUAGCGCAGUCGCUCGUGACGAGCGAAGAUGCCACGUAUGACGUGGUUAAUGAUGCUCUCGCUACCGAUGACAACUUGGCCAACGCCGAGCCCACCACCCGUGCAUCAGACGCUGAGGUCAAUGAAACAGGUGCACAUCCCGAAGAUGGCAUUCCAGAAACGCCGUCAAAGAAGCGCUGGUGGCAGCUUACUCGCAAAAACACGCCCGGCACCCAGAGCCCCAUGCACGGGAGCGGCAAGCGCAAGGGUAAGCAGCUGGAACCCACCUCACCCAUCACGACGACGGGUAAUGUGGCCGAUGACUUUUUAAAGCAGGCGUUGGCCUUUGCCGACCAGGAGGACGUGCCUGCUGACGAACCGGAUGCAGCUGAUGCCGUGGCCGAGAAUACGUAUGAAAGCAUCGAGUCCAAACCUACCGUUGAAGCCACUGAACCUGCUGCCGCUCCUAGUGGAAGUGAGGCCGAUCAGCGGACUUCAAAGCCCACGACGACAGAUUCGGCCAUCGCAGAGGCAGCUGCUGCACCGCCAGAGCUCAAGGAUCAGACUGAUGCUUCGCAUUUAACCAAGCCUGCCACCCCCGAGCCUGCCACAGCUGCAGAGCCAGCGCAUGCCGAACCUGAAUUGGCAGUCUCUGUUGAGACGGUGUACGAAGCCCGGGCUGCCCCAGCUACGCUGGAGGGCCCCAACCCCCGGGAGACCAUGCUGAGCAGCUGCAAGGGCCGCAAAGUCGACAAGAAGCGCCCCGCACAAGCGUUGAUUCAAGCUCACAGCUUGUUGGAAAAAACCACGAUUGCUGCCAAUGUCACCGGAUACUUGAACGUCAAGCAAGAAAAGGAUGCCUUUGGCGGCAAAAGCAAGGCCAACAAAAGCUUUAAAAAGUAUUUUGGCGUAUUGCGGGGCUGUAUGCUGGUCUUUUACUCGGAUGAUAGCAUGAGAACAGCGGUCAUUGGCCCGAUUUAUGUGCCAGCCUACUGCGUCCAGCUCGAGUAUGUCAAGAAGAAGGGCGAGAUGCUGCGCUUGGACUCGGUGCAAGGUACAUUUGUCUUCCAGGCCACCGAGCUGGGGCAAACUGACUUGUGGAAGCAGCAAUUGUCCAUGCCAGCAUGCACCGUGUGCGAUUGUACGCACUACAUUAAUUCAGAUGCCAAGGAUGAAUUGGAGCGCUUUGUGGUCUCGAGUACAUCGGCAGCUUCACCCACCGCCAUGCACCUGAGCGUGGUCUUCUUGGGCCUCAGUGGAAGUGGCAAGACAAGCAUCAUUCGCGCUUUGACCACACAGGGCGUGCACAAUGCAUCAGUCGCCCCAACGACGGGGCGUCGACAGCUGGAAAUCUGCUGGUCGCCCGACGUGGUCUUUGACGUCUCUGACGUGGGCGGUAACUGCCAGGAUUGGCCCGACUACUGCAACCCAAAGCCGUACUGCAUCGUUUACGUCGUGGACAGCCUGGCCAAAAAGAAUGUGGCGGCCGCUCGUGAGCAGCUAUACGAACUCUUGCACACGCCUGCCUUGUCGGAUACGCUCUUCGUGGUCGCGCUCAACAAGCAAGGCUACAUGGAAACCGGUGUGAUGGAGCCGAGCCAGUUGCUGGUUCAACUGGGUCUCGAGCAGCGUGCCGAGCCAGUUACGGGCGUCAUCUCCUGCAACGCUCGUCUAGGCGCUGGGGUGCUCGAUAUCAUGUCGAUGAUCGCCAUGUCAACCCCCUUGCUCUAGUUUGCACAGGUUUAGCGGGACGCUACGUCCGGAAGCCCCCCAUUUUUUAUUUCGCACUUUGCUUGCAGCUCAAUUGCGGUUUUUGUUGUUGCUGCCAGCUCAUUUGAGUUGCUGUGUGAAUGACAGUGUCAUUGUAUAUGCACCUCCGCCACUGUGGUCGGCCCAGAGCUGCGUGACUGAGGGUCUGAUUGUUUGGUAAUGGAUUUGUUGAUUUUUUUUCAGGCGUUGAUCACUUUUGGUUUAUCUCUAAUUGAAAACUAUGAUCAG